GUGUUCCGUUAGUAUUCACGUUGAUGGGUCACUCUCGCGGUAACGUCAGUAUCGUUAGUAUGCAGCUAGCCUGUUAGCUAACUCCAUCGUUUCCAGGUUUCGUGUCGACCUGAAAACAUCAGACCAAGCGAGACACAGAAGCACCGCGCGUCUGAACCCAAUUUUUUUUAACCUCGAAGCUGCUUUCGGAACCGGAACGAUGCCGCACAGCUUCAUGCCUGGAGACCUGGUCUUUGCUAAAAUGAAGGGAUACCCCCACUGGCCAGCUAGGAUUGAGGAUGUUGCUGAUGGAGCAGUGAAGCCCCCGCCCAAUAAAAUCCCAAUUUUCUUUUUUGGGACGCAUGAAACCGCAUUCCUUGCAGCAAAAGAUCUUUUUCCUUAUGAAAAGUACAGAGAACGCUAUGGAAAGCCCAACAAAAGGAAGGGAUUCAAUGAGGGUUUAUGGGAGAUCCAGAACAAUCCUCACGCCUCUUACAGCGCUCCGCCUGUGCCGCCAAGCUCGUCUGACAGUGAAGGCAGCAACCCCGGAGAACGAACGGACGAGGAUGGUGAGGAGGAAGAGGAGGAGGAGGACAACGCCAAGGUGCCUCAGAGAGCCGCCUCUGCUUCUGAAGAAGAUUCCGAUUCUGGUAGUGAAGACGGAGGAAGAGGAGGAGUGAAGCGGAAACCGCAGGCUCCAAAGCGGCCUCCUCCUCCAAAAAAGGCUCGCGGCUCCUCCAGUGACCGAGGUGAAGAGAGCGGAUCUCCUUCCGAAUCCGAUCCUACUCCUUCAGAGUCCGACUCUGGGAAAAACAGCGACCAGGACUUCACUCCAGAGAAGAAAUCUGGAGGACGAGCUGGAAAGAAAGUUGGAGGCAGGGGGAAGAAAAAGAAAACCUCAUCAAACUCAGAUUCAGACUCGGGAUCCGGAUCGGAAAAGAAGGCGAUGGACAGCGACUCGGAGGAUGAGAAGCCCCGGCCGGCUUUGUCUGGCUCAGAAUCCCAGUCUGGAUCAAAGUCUGACUCGGAUUCUGACCCACCUCCUCGGAAGGGCCCCCAGCCCCGCAAGAAAGAAAAACCGGCACCAAAGCCUCGUGCGCGGAAGCCCAAACCCGCCCCGGCCAAACAAACGGCUUCAUCGUCCUCCGACAGCGACAGCGACAGUGAACCCGACCGCAUCAGCGAAUGGAAGAAACGCGACGAGGAGCGCAGACGAGAGCUGGAGGAGCGGCGAAAACGAGAGGAGGCUGAGGAGCUCCGUCGGUUACGCGAGAGGGAGAAGGAGGAAGACGAGAAAAAGAAAAAGGACAAGGACAGGGGCAAAAAAGAGAGCGACAGCGAUGGCAGCAGCAGCUCAGAUGAAGGGAUAGAUGAUCACCCACUGAAGAAGUCCAAGAAACCUCCUCCUCCUCCGAUCCCUGCUCCUUCAGACUCCGAUUCUCCCGUGGAGAAAGCAAAGAAGCCUCCCAAGAAGAUGGAAAACCAGAAGAAGGCAAAAGUAAAGAAAGAGAAAGACAGGAAAGAAAGAAAGGAGAAGGAGCUGAAAGAGAAGAAAGCCAGGCGGUUAGAGGAGAAGUCCAGAUCAAGGUCAAAAGCGGAAAAUUCCAAACGCAGACCAGAGCGGCAGCGCGAGAAGAAAGCAGAGAAGAAGAAGGAGCAAUCCCCAGAGGAAAAGUUACAGAAACUCCACACAGACAUCAAGUUUGCACUGAAAGUGGAUAACCCUGAUAUUGAACGAUGUCUACAAGCCCUGGAGGAGCUGGAAGCCGUCCCUGUGACCAGCCACAUCCUUCAGAAAAACGCUGAGGUCAUCGCCACGCUAAAAAAGAUUCGGCGCUAUAAAGCCAGUACAGCAGUCAUGGAGAAAGCCACUGAAGUUUAUAAUAAGUUAAAGCUACGUUUUGUGGGUAAAUCGGAGGUUCCUGUUAAAACUAAGAUGGAGGCGAAGGAUGACACUGCUGACGAUGAGGAAGCACAAAAUACUGUUAAUGGAGAAUCAAAAGAGAAGAAAAAUGAUGCAGAGGUGGAGGAGAAACCCGAACCCCCUGCAGAGGAGGACAACCAGGACGCAUCUUCCAGUCCGAACAGGCACAGCCCGGACAGCCCAGCUGAGCAACAGACAGGCCCCUAUGAAGAGGCUGCCGCAGAGCAGCCUGCUGUAGAAAGCUAAAGGACUCUGUGCCCCCCCUCCCACGUGCAGUGGACCAAGUGCUAAAUGAUGGUGGCCUCCUCUUGACGUCGGACUCCCAGCCCCAAAACACUUCAGAACACACCAUUCGUUACAUCAGCGUAGACGUUUUUGGCAUUUUGUGGUACAGCGAAACCAAAAAGCUUCUAAACUCGUGGCGUUUCUUCUGUUGUUUCUCAACGGCUUCUGUACAGCAUGCUAGAAACCCCCUUUUUUAUGUCAUGAAGUGUACUUCUUCUGCACAACACUGUCUCAGAUCCUCACCUGCAGCUUCCGAUCCCGGCUUCUUUCUGUAAAUGAUGAACGUUACUUUGAUAUUUCACGCCACGCGUACAUUAAAUUAUCGUGUUUUUAAGCUCUCCAGGAGUCUAACCAAGGUGGUAUGAGAUGAAACCUGAGUUCAAACUGAAAAAGGAGUCAGACUGUCGUGUUCUUCAGCUGCUUUAGGAUUUUCUUACAUCACUUUGCUUGAUUUUAUAAAGCCUGCCAAACAUCACUAAGGCCUCCUGUCUGUCUGGAUGGAAACGUAAGAUUGAUGAAGUCAUAUUUGUGAGUUUGAUUUUUUUUUUAAGGUAAAUAUAUUUUUUAAAUUAUCUAGUCUAGAUCCUGGUAACACAACAUGAUGUAUAACGAGAAGCUUCCACCGUUUUCCAUCUGUGAUCCACCUGCUCUUCUGCAAGAUUCCAGUUCUGUCCAAGGCGAGCAUCCAUGUGGAGCCAAACACCAGAAACGUUCCUCUGUGCUGUUCGCUUUCAGUAGCCUGCAUACGACCCGAGAGGCAGAACGGACUGAAAACGGCCCGUUUGAGCUCAUCCGGACAUCGUUCUGUCCUGUGAAUAAAACACGUCUUUUUAGUGCUAUGUAAAGUGGUAAAGUAUUUCUAUCACUUAGCUGAGACUUGAAUAAAGAUCCCAUCCUGA